ACACAGACUGGUUUUUCUACGCUUGGAGUACAAGUUCAAGGACAAACAUGAAGAUAUGUGACAUUCCUUUGUUUUUGUUGCUCUCUUUAUAUAGUGCUUUACAGCCUUCAAUUCAAACAGACUCCAGCUACUUCCUCAUCUACAACGAAGAUCACAACAAAUGUGUGAAUGUUGUGAGCGCUUCUGUGGUACAGACAGCCCCGUGCGAUGUGUCUUCUGAGGCUCAGCGUUUCCGAUGGAUUUCUUCUUCUCGAGUUAUCAACCUCUCUUUUAAACUCUGCUUGGGGGCCCAGAACAUCAAAGACUGGGUCAAAAUUCUCCUUGUGCCCUGCAAUGAACUCAGUCCUCUACAAAUUUGGGAAUGUAAGAACGAUACGUUAUGCUUAAAGGGACAGUCGUUGCACCUGAAUUAUGGAACAAACGAGCCAAAUAUGAUGUUGUAUAAGGGAGCAGGUGUCUGGAGUCGCUGGCAGAUUUAUGGGACCAAAGAGGAUUUGUGCUCUCAUGGAUAUCAAGCGUUAUAUACAAUAGGUGGAAAUUCAUUUGGAAAACCAUGCCAGUUCCCAUUUAAAUUUGCUGACAAGUGGUACGCCGAAUGCAUUGUGGAGGGAAGAGCAGAUGGUCAGCUAUGGUGUUCAACAGAGGCCGACUACAACACAGACAAAAAGUGGGGCUUCUGCCCAAAUAAAAUCGGCUCAGGUUGGGACAGUGAUCCAGUGACCGGUGUGUUAUAUCAAAGGAACAUGCAGUCUGCACUGACUUGGCAUCAGGCGCGAGCAAGCUGCCAGCAACAAGACGCUGAUCUUCUCAGCAUUUCAGAGCUGCAUGAGCAGACUUACAUAUCAGGCUUGACAAAUAUCUUUGACUCCACACUAUGGAUUGGGCUUAACAGUCUUGAUUUUGAGAGUGGCUGGCAGUGGUCUAACGGAAACCCAUUCAGAUAUCUAAACUGGGCUCCUGGUCACCCUUCCUUGGAACCAGGCCUGAACUGUGCUGCAUUAAAUGCUGGUAAAGCAUCAAAGUGGGAGAGUUUAGCCUGCAAUAAAAAAAUUGGUUACAUCUGUCGUAAAGGCAAUUCUACAGACGACACACCUCCACCAGCUAAAGACCAGCCUACCUUCUGUCCUGCUGCAUGGGUUCCAUAUGCUGGUCAUUGCUAUUAUCUGCAGCGGAACAAGAUGGCGUGGAGUGAUGCGUUAGAAGCAUGUCACAAGGAAGGAGCAGACUUGGCCAGUAUACACAACAUAGAGGAGUACAGUUUCAUUAUAUCACAGAGCGGGUACUUGCCUACUGAUGAGCUCUGGAUUGGACUUAAUGAUAAGAGGGUCCAGAACCUGUUCGAGUGGUCAGACAGAACGCAUGUUACCUUCGCCAAGUGGCUUGUUGGAGAACCUUCACACAUCAUAAAUCGUAUGGAGGAUUGUGUUCUCAUCAAAGGAAAGGAAGGCACAUGGGCGGACCAUAUGUGUGAGACGGAGCAUGGCUACAUCUGCAAAAAAAAAUCAUCUAGAAAGACUGAUGGCACCCCAGAGGUUGUCAGUCCUGGAUGCCUAGCUGGUUGGGUUAGGUACAACUCUUACUGUUACAUGAUUGCCAUGGAAAUCAAGUCUUUUAAUGAGGCCAAACUGAAAUGUGAGCAGGCAGGAGCUCGUUUGAUCGACGUUGCCAACAGGUAUGAGAACGCUUUUCUCAUUAGUUUGGUGGGUCUUAGGCCUGAGAAGUAUUUCUGGAUUGGCCUAAGUAAUACUGAAAGUCUUGAGCGCUUCCAGUGGAGUAAUGGUGAAAAAGUUCAAUUCACACACUUUAAUGUUGGCAUGCCAGAAAGGCACAGAGGUUGUGUUGCCAUGUUAACAGGAACUUCGGCAGGAUUAUGGGACGUACUGAACUGUAACAGUAAACAGAAAUACAUCUGUAAAAAACUGGCUGGGGAUGUUACUACCACGCAAGAGCCCCCAACUACACAGGCUCUCAGCUGUCCAGCUGAGUGGAUUAAAAAAGAUCCAAAGAGCUGUAUUCAGAUAUUCUAUAAGCAAAGUGAUGAGAGAAAGACUUGGUUUGAGGCUCGUGAUUUCUGUAAAGCCAUCGGUGGUGACUUGGCAAGCUUCCACGCUUCACAACAAAUCGGCAGGUUAACGUUAAUGCAUGGAGACCCGGCAUGGAUAGGUUUCAGUAUGCUUGAUGGUAAUUCUGGUUUUGUGUGGAGUGAUGGAACCCCUUCUGAUUUUGAUAACUGGGGAUACGGAGAACCAAACAACUACAACAAUGACGAGCACUGUGCAGAAAGCAGCCUUUAUUAUGGACGCUGGUGGAAUGACCGUGCUUGUGAAUACUAUAAUAAUUGGAUUUGCCAGAUACCAAUAGGCACAACUCCCAAACCACCACCAACUUCUGCAACCCAGGGGGAAUUUAACAAGACAUCUGAUGGCUGGACCAUGUUUAACGGCAGUCAAUAUUUUAUUAAUGAGGAGCUCCUACCCAUGGAAGAUGCUCGAUCAUUCUGCAAGAAGAAUCAUGCAGAUCUUGUUGUCAUUUCUGGUCGAACAGAGAGAAAAUUUAUAUGGAAACAGAUAUCUAGGAAGUCAGAGAAUCAAUACUACAUUGGGUUGAUGGUGGAACUGGACAAAUCAUUUAGCUGGGUGGAUGGUUCACCCGUUGUUUAUACAUCAUGGGAUCAAAAUGAACCAAAUUUUGCCAACAACGAUGAGAACUGUGUUACCAUUUACAAGAAUAUGGGAUUCUGGAAUGAUAUUAACUGUGGUGUGCCACUGCCGUCUAUCUGUGAAAGACGUUCUGACUUUGUUAACGGCACCGUGUCCCCCAUCACUGUGCAACCUGGAGGCUGUACUCCCGAGUGGAGCCUGUUUCAAGGGAAAUGUUACAAGCAUUUUAAUGAGAAGAUAAAAUGGCAUAAUGCUCGGGACCAAUGCAUUUUGCAUGGAGGCAACCUGGUGUCCAUUCUGAGUCACGAAGAGCAAGCAUUCCUUACUACUCUAAUGCUUAGUUCAGAUGAUGAUGUAUGGAUUGGAUUAAAUGAUAUCAAUUGGGAGAUGACAUUUUUGUGGACCGAUGGUAAAGGUGUCAACUACAUAAACUGGGCCAAGGGUCACCCUACAUCAGAGCCUUCUAGGCAAUACUACACGGAAUCAAAGGUCGACUGUGUUGUCAUGGUUAGGACCCCUGAGAGGAUAACAGGUGUGUGGAAAGACAAGAACUGCGAAGAACAAAAAGGUUUCAUCUGCAAAAAGAAAACAGACUCUCAGCUUGCUCAUCCCGUGACAACAGCAUUGCCACAGCGUUUCUUUACACUGGCAAAUGAUUCAUACAAGGUUCAGAUGGAGAAGAUGAGCUGGGAUGAAGAGAGACAGUGUAAAGCAGAUGAUGGUGACCUUGCCAGUGUGCGUAAUUCCAUCAGCCAGGCUUACACCAUCCUUAGAGUCAGCAAACUUAAGGAGCCUCUGUGGAUCGGUCUUAACAGCAACCUGACGAGUGGUCAGUACCGCUGGGUGGACAACUGGUUUUUAAGCUACAGUAAAUGGGCCAUAGGCGAGCCCAAAAAUAAUUUAGCCUGUGUAUACAUCGACACGGACGGUGACUGGAAAACUACAGCGUGCAGCGACAAGUAUUAUUCCCUGUGCAAGAGAUCCACAGUCAUUGCUCCUACAGAUCCACCUCAGCUGCCAGGGAACUGCCCUGAGUCAAAGAGGCAUAAAACCUGGAUCCCUUUUGGAGGACACUGUUAUACCUUCAUGACCAUUAGGUCUGAAAACUGGGCCCAUGCCACUGUGGAAUGCAUGAGAAUGGGAGCAUCACUGGUGAGUAUCGAAAACCGACUAGAAUCCGUGUUUAUUAAUCGGAAUAUCGAGAUGUUGCAGGACGGAAUCCAGUCAUUCUGGAUCGGCAUGCACCGCAGUCAUAUUGGAGAGUGGAUGUGGAUUGAUAAUAUGGUGAUAGAUUACACAAACUGGAAAGCCCAGAUGCCCAAUCCUUUUGGUAGCUGUGUGGAAGUCCAGUCACACACCGGUAUGUGGGCUAGCACACACUGCAACACAUACAAGCCUUACAUCUGCAAGACUCAAAAGGUGAUUAUACCACCAACGGAGAAACCAUCUAUACCACUGAAGGUGGUGGAAGAGGCGUCCCACGGCUCCGCUGGCAUCGCAGUAGGGGUCGUCUUGGUCAUCGUUGCCAUGGCGGGGCUCGUCACGUUUCUGUUUUUUAAGAAAAUCCCCAGGCCUGUGAUCGGAGAACGUACGUUCGACAACAGGCUGUACGUCAAUUCCGACCUCAUCCGUUCUCCGGCCACAGUUGAUACGAAGGGACUUAUCGCUAAUAUCGAACAGAACGAGCACGCUUAACACAAACACACACGCACUCUCACACACGGACAGACAGCGACGCACACACACACACACACACACACAUCGCUGCGUCUGGGGAGGGCUUAUACAAUACAUGUGAAGAAUAUAAGCCCACCUGAGUUCCAGAUGUUUGAAUACUCUUUAUUUUAUUAAAAAAACAUUGUUGAGCUGUCAUUCCAACUAAUUAAAGAACUGAUGAUAGUGGACAGAUAUGGAUUACAGUUUUAGAUAGAAAUCUGUACAGACUGAAUACGUUUUAUAUAUGAUUCCUUGAUAAGAGUUCCUGUAACCUGUUCUUUGCUUUAUAAACAUCUGCAAACAUCUUUCUUUUCACUCCUUUCUUUGAAUAAAGAUUUUAUUAAAACACA